CGUUCCUUAGCAGAGCCCACAUUGUGGCCAGGUCCAGUCAAGCCACUCUUGCCGGCGCUCAUAUCCUGAGUUAGGUGGCGAAAUGCUGAGGGGCUCUCCUAUUCGGGGGAAUGCGGUAGUGAUGUAUAAGGUAUGAAAGAUGUGGCCUGCAGAGAGCCGGCACUAUCUCUACUGCUGCUGCUGCUGCCACCGCUGCCGCCGCCACUACUGCUGCCAGUAGAGCUGCCGGGAGUGAGCCUCCCUUCUUCCAGAUACCCAGCUCCGUUGCAUCUCCUGCUCCCUGGCCCGGCACGGACCUCCUCGCCCCAGGGAACAAAAGCAGAGUCCAGUCGCCCUGUUCUGCAGCCAGAGGAUGAUGAGUCGAGAGGGCUGAUCAGAGUGUGGUCUUCAGCGGCUGGAAGCUGCUCCCUGCCAUUUCUCCAUGAUUCCUGACUUGUGGCCUGGCAAUCUCAGAAGAGCUUCACUGAAUCCCCUUCCGACCAGAACCUGGGAACUCGCUUCCCCCAGCAUUACCCCUGUGCAGCCUGGACACACUAACUGAACCAAUUUUUAGGACACUUCAUUCAGUAAGAGAUGGUGGUGAACCAAGGCUCUAAGUCUUCAUGACUGAAGGACUCUUGCACAAGGCAAAGCACUCCGACAGAGUGAAUGACAUGCACGGUGUGGGGUGUCCUUUCUGAAGGGAGGAGCCUUUCUCUUGGAGAGGAUCCUCGAUGAGCCUGGCCGAGGCCCGGGGUCUGUGUGAAGAGGACUAAGGAUUAAGUAGGAUGUCAACUGAGACAGAACUUCAAGUAGCUGUGAAAACCAGCGCCAAGAAAGACUCCAGGAAGAAAGGUCAGGAUCGCAGCGAAGCCACUUUGAUAAAGAGGUUUAAAGGCGAAGGGGUCCGGUACAAAGCCAAGCUGAUUGGGAUUGAUGAAGUGUCUGCAGCUCGGGGAGACAAGUUAUGUCAAGAUUCCAUGAUGAAGCUCAAGGGUGUUGUUGCUGGCGCUCGUUCCAAAGGAGAACACAAACAGAAAAUCUUUUUAACCAUCUCCUUUGGAGGAAUCAAAAUCUUUGAUGAGAAGACGGGGGCCCUUCAGCAUCACCAUGCUGUUCAUGAAAUUUCCUACAUUGCGAAGGACAUCACAGAUCACCGGGCUUUUGGAUAUGUUUGUGGGAAGGAGGGGAAUCACAGAUUUGUGGCCAUCAAAACAGCCCAGGCGGCUGAACCCGUUAUCCUGGACUUGAGAGAUCUCUUUCAACUCAUCUAUGAGCUGAAGCAAAGAGAAGAAUUGGAAAAAAAGGCACAAAAGGAUAAGCAGUGUGAACAAGCUGUGUACCAGACCAUUUUGGAAGAGGAUGUUGAAGAUCCCGUGUACCAGUACAUUGUGUUUGAGGCUGGACAUGAGCCAAUCCGUGAUCCUGAAACAGAAGAAAACAUUUACCAGGUUCCCACCAGCCAAAAGAAGGAAGGUGUUUAUGAUGUGCCAAAAAGUCAACCUGUAAGUAAUAGCCAGCCGCUGGAGGAUUUCGAUGCGCGCUUUGCGGCAGCCACGCCGAAUGGGAACCCGUCAAUGGACUUUGAUGAGCUUCUUGAGGCAACCAAGGCUGUGACCCAAUUAGAACUUUUUGGAGACAUGUCCACCCCUCCUGAUAUAACCUCUCCCCCUACUCCUGCAACCCCAGGUGAUGCCUUUCUCCCGUCGUCAUCCCAGACGCUUCCGGGGAGUGCAGAUGCGUUUGGCUCUAUGUCUUUCGGCACUGCUGCCGUACCCUCAGGUUAUGUCGCUAUGGGCGCCGUCCUCCCAUCCUUCUGGGGCCAGCAGCCCCUUGUUCAACAGCAGAUUGCCAUGGGUGCUCAGCCACCCGUCGCUCAGGUGAUACCAGGAGCUCAGCCCAUUGCAUGGGGCCAGCCAGGUCUCUUUCCUGCCACCCAGCAACCCUGGCCAACCGUGGCCGGGCAGUUCCCGCCAGCCGCCUUCAUGCCCACACAAACUGUUAUGCCUUUACCAGCUGCCAUGUUCCAAGGUCCCCUCACCUCCCUUGCAACCGUCCCAGGCACGAAUGACUCUGCCAGGUCAAGUCCACAGAGUGACAAGCCCAGGCAGAAAAUGGGGAAGGAAAUGUUUAAGGAUUUCCAGAUGGUCCAGCCUCCGCCCGUACCCUCCCGAAAGCCUGACCAGCCCUCCCUGACCUGUACCUCAGAGGCCUUCUCCAGUUACUUCAACAAAGUCGGGGUGGCACAGGAUACAGAUGACUGUGAUGACUUCGACAUCUCCCAAUUGAACUUGACCCCUGUGACUUCUACCACACCAUCUACCAACUCACCUCCCACCCCAGCCCCUAGGCAGAGCUCUCCAUCCAAAUCAUCAGCAUCCCACGUCAGUGAUCCGACCGCAGAUGACAUCUUUGAAGAAGGCUUUGAAAGUCCCAGCAAGAGUGAAGAACAAGAAGCUCCUGAUGGAUCACAGGCCUCCUCCACCAGUGAUCCAUUUGGGGAGCCCAGUGGUGAGCCCAGUGGUGAUAAUAUAAGUCCACAAGACGGUAGCUAGAUAGCGCAGGUCUGGGAGCCAGAGCCUCUCUAUGCGCAAAUCAACAGACCUAAGAAAUAGCAUCAAUGGGAGCUCAUGGUGGGUGCUUCAAGACUGGCAUGGGAAUCCACAGUACAACAGGCUCUCUUGGGCUCUCACCUCACCUCAU